GUUGAACGUGCCAAACGAUAGUCGCCCUCUCGUGCCUUCUUCGUCGCAGCCGCCUUGACAGCCGCUGCGGUCUCGUGUCUCUCUCGGUCCGCCUCGAGUUGCGGGUGUGCUUUUUUCCUUAUUUUCCGAGCGGCGAGUUUCCUCGCAUCAAUCCAUCUCUGCAGAGCUCGGUUCUUGCCUGUGGUGUUUUGACGAGGAGGGUGCAGCACUCCCUCCCCGCGGUGCCCGCGGUCGUCUCCCUUCUCCCGCGAGCGGUGCUUACUGACGUGGUGUUUACGAAUCUCUCUACUCCUCCAGCUUCGUGGGCCACGCUUUCCGCGACGGUGGUUGCCAGGUGCAGUUUGCCGCUUUGCAUUACUGCCGCGGGAACAGUGUCCAUAUACACCUCUCGCCACUACCACCGUCUGUGCAUCCUCACCGCCACGCUGGCUCAGCGUGGCGGUGAGUUGCACCUUGGGACACCACCCGCCUACUAUCUGUUGUGGCCUGGUUCGCCCGCGAGGGACUCACUAGGUCGAUUUCGGCCCCGGCCGCGGAGCAGGCCGAGGGGGGGGAAGUAUGACCUCGCCAAUUGGGCACGAGCCGAGUGAUGUAGAAGCAGUACCGAUGACGUACAAGGAUGUGAUGUGUUCCAAGUACAAGGUUUUCUGGGAGACGGCCAUGAAGAAAGAGAUAGAUGGCCACGACAAGACUGGAACCUUUACCAAGGUCAAGGAGCUGCCCGAGGGGCGGAAGGCCAUAGGUUCAAAGUGGGUGUUCUCUUGGAAGACGAAUGAGAAGGGCCUGAUACUCGACUUCAAGGCCCGUGUAGUUGCGCGGGGUUUCUCUCAAAUCCCCGGCAUCGACUUCCACCGCUCAUCCUCAGCGUGCCCGUCUGCAGCGUCUCUCAAGACGGUGAUUGCCGUAGCCACUGAAAAGGGCAAGAAACUCGCUCACUGGGAUGUGAAGCAAGCGUACAUCCACGCUAAGCUAAAAGAAGAAAUAUACCUCAGGUUCCCGGAAGGCUGUGGUAGCAUGUCCGGCAAGGUGGUCAAGGUUGAGCGUGCCCUGUAUGGCCUAAAGCAGAGUGGCCGUGAGUGGGGGUUUGAAGCUGCCGAUGCCCUCAUUGAGUAUGGAUACGAGCAGUGCAGGGUUGACCCGUGUAUCUUCCGGAAGGUGGUGGAUGGAGAGGUCGUAGGUCUCAUCGUGAUCAACGUUGAUGACAUCUUAGUGGCAGCAGACGAGGGAGAGCGAGAGGAUUUGUUCGCUUCCCUCAACAAUAGGUUUCCGGUGAAAGAUCUGGGGGAGUGUACCUGGUACGACGGGUGUGCCAUCGCCAUGGAUGUAGAAAAUGGCAUCACCACGCUGUCCCAGACAGCAAAAAUUGAGAGUAUGCUGAAGCGGUUUAAUGUGACCACGACCGCUUUCACCCCUACUGCCACCGAUGCCGACAUAGGGCCGAAGGGAGAUGACGAGCCCGCGGUGGAUAAGCCUGUGAGGGAGGCGAUCGGAUACCUGAUGUGGACGAAGCUGACGAGGCCAGACAUCGCCCUGCCUCUGAACAAGCUCCAGAAGAUCGCCCACUCACCCACCGGGAGGAUAUGGAACGCGCUUGUGCGGAUCAUGUCCUACCUGAACUUCACGAAGGACUUCGGCAUCACCUACGUACGGGGGUCAGGACUAGACCUACGCGUGUUUCUCGAUGCCAGCUAUGCUGACAACGAAGUAGACAGGCGUUCUACGACCGGGCUAGCUGUGACCGAGGCGCUGUUUGUGCGUGGUGUUUUGUCGUUCAUAGUGCCCGAGACAGUGGGGCGAAGAUCAAGGUCCUUGAGGACAACAAGGGAGCUCUCGCCUUAAUCGAGAACCCGUUCAGCUCAG